UUGAAUCUGCCACGUACGACAUAACUCAAUCUCCCCUUUUUCUUCCCUUCCCAGUUCCCUCCAUAUCAUAUAGUCGCUAAGCUAAUAACAGAUGCGGUUACUUAAAAGUAUGCAAAGCGUUCCGUUGCCCGCCGCCUUGGGGAAGUUUGGAGGAGUUGAGAGCACCCAAAAUCAUCAACUUCUUUAUUCCUGAGUUGUGAUGAAGCCCACCUUCUUUUUCACGUCACUCUCUCUUUUCUUUUUGAUUUUCGUUUUCUUUUUUUGCUUUCUUUUUCUCCUAUCUUUCUUUUUUCUUAUUCCUCUCCCACACUAUAAAUAACACCCACUCCAAAUCCUUCUUCUUCACUAUUCUUUUUCUCCUUCUUCUUAUUCUCUUUUUUUCAUUGUUAUACUGCUUUAUACAUUAUUGGAUACAUCGAGAGAGAGAGAGAGAGAGAUGGGAGAUAAUAGCAACGUUAAUCUGCCUCCAGGCUUCAGAUUCUAUCCUACUGAUGAAGAGCUUGUCGUUCAUUUCCUUCAACGUAAGGCCGCCCUCUUGCCUUGCCACCCUGAUGUCAUCCCUGAUCUUGAACUCUAUCCCUAUGAUCCCUGGGAACUUGAUGGUAAAGCUUUGGCUGAGGGCAACCAGUGGUACUUCUACAGUAGAAGGACGCAAAACAGGAAUACAAGCAAUGGGUACUGGAAGCCAAUGGGAAUAGAUGAACCUGUUGUUAAUAGUAGCAGUAGCAAGAAUGUUGGCAUGAAAAAGUAUUUCGUUUUCUACAUUGGAGAAGGUCCGGCUGGCAUCAAAACCAAUUGGAUCAUGCAAGAAUAUCGUCUACCGGAUUGUGAUUCUAGCAGCAGUAGAUCAUCCAAACGUAGAGGACAUUCCAAAAUAGAUUAUAGCAAAUGGGUUGUCUGUCGAGUUUAUGAAAGAAAUUGUACUGAAGAUGAAGAUGACGGAACAGAACUGUCGUGCUUGGAUGAAGUGUUUCUAUCCUUGGAUGACCUGGAUGAAAUAAGCUUGCCAUUAAACUAGAUGGGUCAUGGGAGGAAUAUUUUGAGAUCUUAGGGUUAAUUCCAUUAUGAAGCUUUAUCCAAAUGUAGAAUGACAUUAAUGUUUUUCUAGGGAACUGGAAUUAUUAUAGCAAGUAUUCUAUAGACUAUAGGCAUUAUAUUUUCUGGAACAAAGCAUGGAAAAUUCCCUGCUUGUAUAAUAUUUCCAAGUUAUAGUGACUUGUCGGGAAUGGUGGACCAAACAUUCCGCAAGGACAGCCACAAAUUAUGUUGGAAAAGAUUAGAUGAAUCGAAAUACAAUGUGCUGGAAAACCUGCGGGGCGUUUUUCUAUUUUACAAGUGUCGACAGUUGAGAUAAAUUGAAUGGAAAAUGUGUGCACUUUGACACAGUUAUAUUUUUUUGUGCAGUAGUAGUAGCAUCUUUUUUUUGGAGGAGAGAAUAAAAGA